AUGUCUGAAUUAGGUGCGGAAUAUCAACAUUUACAAAGUGAAUUGGAAGAGUUUAUCGUGGCAAGACAAAAAUUAGAGACCCAGUUACAAGAAAACAAGAUUGUAAAUGAGGAAUUCGACCAAAUAGGGGAUGACACACCUGUGUAUAAGCUAACUGGCAAUGUUCUUUUACCGGUAGAACAAAGUGAAGCACGUGGCAACGUGGACAAAAGAUUAGAAUUCAUUGAAACAGAGAUUAAAAGAUGCGAAAGGAACAUAAGGGAGAAACAAGAUGAACUGGAAAAGGUGAGGAACGAAUUAAUUAAACUAAAUAAUGCUACGGCAGUUGUCGGUGCAGAAAGGUGA